ACAUGUGUUAUCUUACAGAUCAAAGCAUUAUUUAGCCGAAAAAUAUAUAAAAUGGCUACAAUCUACCUCCUUCUCUUUCUAGUUACGCUCGACUGUCCGGAAUUUUCAGAUAUCUGGCAAUCGUCAAUUUCCGAGCAUGCCGGUGCCAAGCAUAAAAAAUUUCUGAAAGGGAAAAAUGUAGACAUUGGUGGAAUAAGAAGCUUUUUCCCCAAAUCAAAUCCUGCUAGUGUUGAACCUUCCAGUUUCCCAAUUGUUAUUUGUGCUUCGUCAAAUUUAGAUACUUUAGAUGAUGCUGUAGGAGCUUCAAAAGAUAUUUUGGAUACUGAAAUUGUGUGGUGUUUGAAAGUGGUGACAACUCAUUACUCUUAUAGAUCUAGCAGUGACGUGGGCAAACUUUUUUCAAGUAUGUUCCCUGGCAGUGCUAUAGCAAGGCACUUUUCUUGUAGUGAGAGAAAGCUUCCUUAUCUCUGCCUUUUUGAAAUAACACCUUAUUUUCAGUCUCAUGUAUGAAAAUUUAAGAAGCUAAAGCAAUUAGAUUUGCAUAUUAGAUAUUGGCAGUCUGACCAAAAUAAGGUAUUCGAUUUUUGAUAUCUGUUUUCAUGAAGCAUGAAACCGCUGCUAAUAUGAAAGUUUUCAAAUGACAGUUAAAAAAUAUGAUUAUAUAUGCCUGGAUAUAAAAAAGCUGCUAUAAAUAAGUAUCGAUAGACCAGCUGUAAACUGGAAGUUUUAUGAAACUGCCCAACAUGAAUUGAAAAAGGAAUAUGGCAUUGAAUGUAUAUCUAUUAGUAGUUGUGGCUUGCAUAUAUUGAACAAUGUUUACCGUAAAUGAGCAUCCACUACAAGCUGAGAUAUACCUUCUAAUUUAGGGAACUGUACCAUUUAUUCAAAGAUUCUCCAGCAUGUCAAGAAGAUUUUUUUAACAGCGAGUGUGCAUAAGACUUUGCCAUUGAAAUUUUAUUACUAUAGGUGGCUGGAGAAUGUGCCAAUAUAUUUGCAUGCGUAUAAAAUUUGAAAGAUAUAAAAGAUUAUGUCAAGCUAAUUGAGAAUGGGAAAUAUGGAAAAAUAACUUGCAAAUCAUAUCAAAUGAUAAGAGGUGCAAUUAAAGACAAAAUUCCUUUUUUUUCCCUUCUCAUUUGUGUGGAUGAAUUGAUCAAACUCUUUUUGAAACUGUACCUAUGAUGAAUCACUUGUUCUUUUUAUUAUUAUUAUUAUUAUUAUUAUUUAUUUAUUUAUUUAUUUAUUUAUUUAUUUACACAAAUAAGUAAAACAACUUUUGCAGCAUUUCAAAAUUAUGAAGAGUGCAUGUUAAAAAUCAGUUCAUCACUGAAAUAUUUGUGUAACUUUGAUUUUUUCUGAGCAUGGUAUUGUUAAUGAAAAAAGCGCAAUUAGUUUAAGAUUUAGGGCUGAUAAGCUCUUGCAAGAUUUAUACGCUAAAAAAGAAAUCAUGGAUAAAGAUUACCUUUUUCUUAAAUGUGACUCACAAACUUAUAUUUUAUAGCUACUUGAAAAGCUGAUGGGAGAAAUGUCCAGUCAAUUAUUCACUAAUUCGAAAUGUUAUUUCUGUGUAUCUGAAGUAUAUGGUGCAAAAGCGUACAAGAAAAUGAAAAGUGUACUUAUGAAUUUUUCCCAAAAAGGUUGCAUUGCAGAACAAUAGGGUAACAUUCUUUUGGAAUAUUCCGAUUUCGUUGAAAAUUUUGUCCGGUCAUUACCUUACAGAAUUUAAAAUAUGUGAUGUAAAAAAAAAAGAUUAGAUGCUUUUUUGUAUACAUUCACUAAUGAAAAAUACUUCAAGUUACGGGAAACAUUUAAAAUGAUCAUUAUUCUUUCCCAUGGGCAAGCCUUUGUUGAACAAGGAUUUAGUAUCAAUAAAGAUAUAGAAACAGAAUAUCUGGGAGAAAAUUCAUACAUUGAAUGCAUAGUGUGUGAUUAUGUGAAACAUUCUGUUGGUAUACACAGUGUAUCAGUUACAAAACAGAUGAGAGCGGCAGCUUCAUCAGCUUAUUCACAG